AUGGCCGCCUCUCCAGACAAGGACCUCACCCAAGAAACAAUCUACGACGAAGAAUGGUGGGUCAGAAACACCCGCGAACACCCAGACAGCCCCAUCAACCUCCCCCUCUCCCCGUCACCACAACCAGCCUCUUCGGGAGACUCAAACAACACCACAUCCUCCACCCACACAAACACCUCCAAUAUCUCCAUCCCCGCCACAGCAGUCCACACCCACGACACAACGGCCGCGGCCAUCACAUCCCUCCGACCGUCCGGGAAUCCCCACGCACCCUUAUUCCUCUGCGCACCGCCCGUGAAGCCGGCAAACAAGGGCCAAUGGGCCUACGUGGAAUACAUUCCCGCCUGGACGGAUCCCCUCUGGAAAGACGGCGAUUCGCGCGUGCAGGAUGAGAAGAAUCCCGCGUACGUCGUCCGCCGGCGCGACUGGACGAAGAGGAUUCGCCCCGCGCAGCUGCCGCAGGAUAGGGCGCAGAAUCCGAGUGCGUUUGCGUUGCG